AUGGUUCUCUGUGCCAUUCUGUUUGGGUUAGGAUCAGGUAAGGGAUUGGAUGGUAUGUUUAUGAUUGAAGAUGAAGAAAGUGGUAUGGCUUCAGAUGUAGGAAGUGUUCCCUCAGUAGAACACACAAGUUUCAAAUUUCUCUGCACCUCACGCAAACUCCUUUCAACUUCCGGCGGCGGUGACGGUGGUGGUGGAGCUGGUCGCAGUGGCGGUUGUGGCAGUGGUUGUUGCGGCGGUGGCAGUGACAGUGUGGUGAUGGUAGUGGUUGUUGUGGUGGUUAUGGUGGCAGCGGUUGCGGUGGUGGUGGUUGUGUGGUGGUGGUGGCAGUGGCUGCGGUGGAGGGACGUUGGCGAUUAUUGUAGUGGCGGCGGCGGUGGCCACGAUGUUGGUGGUGGUUGUUGUGGUGGUGGUGGUAGUGGUGGUGCUGUUAGUUGUUGUGGUGGUGACGGUAGUGGUGAUGGUGGCGGGGGUGGUGGAGGCAGUGGGAGUGGCGGUGGCGGCGGUGGCGGUUGUGGUAGUAGUUGUAGUGGUGCUGGUGGUGACGGCGGUGGUGGUGACGGUGGUGAUGGUCGUGGUGGUCGUUGUGGUGGUAGUGGUGGUUGUUAUGGUGGGUGUGGUUAUGGUGGUGGUGGCGGCGGUUGCGGUGAUGAUGGUUGUCGUGGUGGUGGAGAAGGCAGUGGCGGUGGCGUGGUGCUUUUUGGUAGUGAUGGUUCUGUUGGUGGUGGUAGUGGCGAGAGUGGCAGUGGCUGCGACAUGGUUGGUGGUGAUGGUACUGGUGGCAAUGGCGGUAGUGGCAGUGACGGUGGUGGUGGUGGUGGUGGUGGUGAUUGUGGUGGUGCUUGUGUCGGCGGUGGUGGUGCUGAUGGUGGUGGUGGUGGUGGUGGUGGUGGUGAUGGUGGUGGCGUCGUGGUGGUGGCUGCAGUGGCGAAACAAUGGUGA